AUGCAGCGGUUUAUGGCUUCCCAUGGCAAGGUGGGCAACAUCAGCAAUAGCAACACCCUCAAGAUGAACACGCGCACGGCGUUGACCUUCCUGGAGAACGGCAACUCGCCAACGAGCAUUAACACGGGCUAUGUGCCCGUCGAGCACAAGAUUCAGCAGGAGCUGCAGGACCCCAGGUCGCCGGAGAAGGAUCUGAAGCGCCUGCGCAAGAUUAAAAGGCAGAUCACACUGAAGGCUUCGCUGGAAAAGCUCCAGCAUAACACAGACGGCAAGGCCGAUGCGGACGACGAUGACGAAGAGGACUCUGCUAUGGACCCGGAAAACUGCGACAUGCCCAGUCCACCUAGGAGUUGGAUAGAAAUGGGCAACAACGAACUGGAGAACGUCCACAAGCCCGCUGGCAUUUGCAGCCUGAGUGCAGCCGCCUACAUAGCCAAUGGAGCCAGGAAUGGCAGCACUAAGGCCCAGCUCUGUGAUCUGUCGUCCAAGCAGACGCCCUCAUCGCGAGGCCCCAUUGCCCAGUGGGAAAGCUUGAUCAAGAACCGUUUUACAGUGUGA